AUGUUUGCUUUCAUUCAAUAUGCAUUCAUUUUAUUUAUAUUCAUUAUUUCACAAGUUUCAACUGAAAAUCAAUUUAAACAAUCAAUAAAAUGUUAUCAACUACAUGAACAAGAAGACACUGUAAUCCGAACAUUAAAUAUCACCGUGGGUCAUGCAUUUCAAAAAGCUACAUUUACUAUACAUGCAACUGAAGACAAUAUACCAUGUUCAAAAGUUGGUUGUGUUUGUUUUAGUUAUCGAGGUGUUUGUUCUCAUUCAUCACGAGGAUCGAAUCAUUUUGGAGAAUGUACUGAUGCUGAUAAACAUAAUAGAAUAAUUCAAUGGCAUCGUGGAUGGUCAUCGCAAGCUACAUGUGAACAAAUGCGUCAACAAUCUGAAACAUAUCUUAAUUUGACAUGCUGCUCUACAGAUUAUUGCAAUAAUCAACCAGGAAAAGUGAUAAAAUUUAUUGACAUACAAACACCAAUUCAAAUACAUAAUAGUUAUGAUCCUCAAAAUCUACCAUAUUCAUCGAUUCCACAAAAGCCAUCACAACAGUAUAACGAUGCUGAUCAUCAAGUUGAACAACCUAUGUUUAUCCCGCCUAAGCCAUCACAAUGGAAUAACGAUAAUGUACGUCAUUCAUUUACAUCUCGUUUGCCAAAUAUGAACAAGCCAUCACAUUCAUCAAUAAAACAAACAGAAAAGAAUAUUACUAAAACAAUUAAAAUAAAUAAACCAUCAGCAAUUAUUCCUGCAAAUGAUAAACAUACAGCUAGUUUAAUUUUUUUACAUGGUCUUGGUGAUGUUGGGGAAAGUUGGCUUGAAGUAUUUGAUAUGUAUAAUAUUCCAAAAUAUGUUCGACAUGUAAAAUUUAUAUUUCCAACAGCUCCAAUACGAAAGAUAACAUUAAAUUAUGGAAUGUCAAUGACUGGUUGGUUUGAUGCAUAUGGUCUUGAUCGAAGUUCAAAAGAAGAUCAAAAAGGAAUAUUAGAAGCAUCAAAAUAUCUCAAUGAUUUAAUUGAAGAUGAAAUUAAUCAUGGAAUUCCAUCCGAACAUCAUUGGUGGGGUGGUGCUGCUGCUCUUCAUACAGCAUUAACUACAUCUCAUAUGUUAGCUGGUGUUUUAGCUCUAUCAGCAUGGCUUCCAUUAUCUUCAACAUUUCCUAAAGCACUUAUUGCUGGUGAUAAAAAAUUAUAUCUACCUAUUCUUCAAUGUCAUGGUAAACAAGAUCCAGUCGUUCAAAUGGAAUGGGGUCGAUUAAGUGAAAAAGUUAUCAAAGAAAUGGGUUUUAAAAAAUAUGUUUUUAAAGAAUAUGAUGGAAUGGUACAUUCAUCAAGUGAUGAAGAAAUCAAAGAUGUUAUUGCUUUCAUUAAACAAUAUUUACCAAAGAUUGAAGCUAAAAUUUAG